AUGCUCAGCUACCUCAAUACUGUUUUCCGACAGGAUAACACGAAACUCAUGUCUGCUGUCCAUGUUGGUAACGACAUCCUUCAUCCUGUUGCUCGGGGUCUCUUUGCAGGACAAAAUCCAAAAUUUACCAAACAACCAAAGUUACCGACAUAUUUAGCUCGUAAAAUCUGCAGGAUUAAGUGGCUCAUUGCCGUUGAAAGCGAUGUCACUCAAUGGACAGCGAUGGUCGAUGGGCCCGGAAAGACCUUGAGUGGUCCAUCGCCAAUGGAUGCAAGUGGCGAAUUGUCGUUAGACGUGGAGGGCUAA